AAAUUACAGGCAAGAUGCGAGAUAACAACGCGGAAACCACUGAGGAGUCAUCGACAAGUGAUACAACGUAUGACGUUGACACAUUUUACGAGAUGAAACAGCGUUUGGUAACAGAACGUACAGAAAUGAAAGCUAUCGAAAUGCUCCAAAAGUUGCUUUCUCAUAAUAUGGAGCGUAUUGACUGGGAUGCAUUUCCGGACUUGAAGGACUUGAUCAUUUGUAUUCUUGAUACUGUUGGCAUAGUUUCUAUAACUGAGAAACACCAAAUCCUGGUUUUGAAUGGAAUAAACAAUAGCCAUCCAAGGGUUGUUGACGUGCUUGUCGAUUAUUACAUACGACAUAUAGAUGAAGUCUAUGAAAUACUUUCCAAUUCACACAUAGCUGUAACAAUCGCAUUUGCACGAAGAGUUUGUGAUUUCGAUUGUGCUGGAUCGAUAGCUGUUCUGUUGACACGCUUCGCUCCACUGAAACUGGUGCAAGAUGAGCUAUUGAAUCAACUAAAUUCAAAGCGUGCUGAAGUUCGGUUUCGAGUACAUCAGGUAACAACUUUGGUGAUGAAGGCAGGAAAUGAUUUGCCUAAAAUCGGAGAUUUGAUCACUCGAUUAGCGGAAGAGCUUGGAUCUACUGAUAUUUUAAUCCAAAUCAAUGCUGUGGAAAUGUUUGCUGAUGGUGCUUCUCAGAAAACAUCAACUGCAAAAUAUUUAUUAUCGACAGGAAUUGUUGAUCAGCUCAACAGAUUGUUUGUUCAAUGCAUGGAGCAGCCAGAUGCAGGUUUUCUCUAUCCUGCUCUUAUCAAGUUUUUUGGGCAUCUUUCUGUGGCAAAUGUGGAAUGUUUGUCUCGAUUUCCAAAAUUUCUGGAUUCAUUGUUUGAUUUGAUUUAUCACUUUGAUCGAUUGGACGCAUCUUUACGUCUUCUUGCCUUUGAUACACUUGGGGCUGUGGGGUCAACCGAUCGUGCUAAAAAAUUUUUGGAUGGACAAUACAAUAAUUGUCCACAGUGCGACAUGAGGAGAGCAAUGAAUGCAUUUGGUGUGGCUAUUGCAAGUGGGCCACUCGAUUUGCGAGUACGCCAUAUCAGUGCUUUAUCAAUGAUGUUAGAAGUCAAAGAUGAAGUUGAGGAUGCAGAUGCAGAUGCAGUUGCGCAGAAGUGGUUUAACUGGCUCGGUGAGACGUUUCCAUCAGUUGUAAUUUCUUAUCUGAGCAAACCAUUUGAUGAUGUUCGAAUAUCAUCGCUACGAUUACUUUUGGCACUUUUCGAUCAUAAAUGGUCAAUUCGCACAUUCUACUUCGCUACUGGCUUCCUGGCGUCUAUAUUAAAUCGAAGUAUUGAAAGAAAUGCUGAGGGUAAGCAGUGUAAAUAUGAUGUCAUUUGCAAACUUAUUGAUAGUGCGGAUCCUAUCAUUUCGCCGGAAGAUAUGAUCAGGCUAAAAAUGUACCGUCGUGAGGGAGCAUUUUAUGUUGAGAGAAAUCCGCAGGUCGAUAUGGAAAAUGAUUAAUUUCAAAAAUUGCAUUUUUUUUUAUUCUUCUAAGCAGGAUUACAAUGUGAUGAGUGGUAGCUUUAUGCUUCUUAUUUUUUGCUGUUAUUCUUCGUUGUAAAUUGCUACAAGUUUUUGUUGCAAGAAUAUUUUUAAACGUAUUCUAAUUAAUUUUAGUUUCGUUUCUACCUGUUGAUUGUGCUGAAUGUUGUAUUUAUCAAACUUUAUAGUAUUCCAAUAAUUCCUUUUUUUCUAUGAAGUGAUGCUCAACAAUAAUAAUUAUUUAUUUUCUAUAUUUAAACGACUUUAAAGUUUAUUGAAAUUUGCAC